CUUUAAUCACAAGAAAUUCCCAUUUCCAGAACCUAUUUGUAAUUAUCUGCAGGUCGAUUUGGAUCAUAUUUGAUGUUUACCAGACGACGACACCGAUUGCACCACCAAUACACCUAUGGUAUGAAUUUCGUUUUUCUUUUGGUAAGUUUUAACAUAAUUCAAUGUUUUCAUACAAAUUUGAUUUUCCGAAAUUCAUUCUACGGCAUCACUACCACGCCACCAGCAUUCCAUAGUAUCACCACCAGUGUCCGACAUUUCUCUAUAUAUUGGAUUCAGGCUCUAUUUUUGUGUUCCAUUUCGUGAGCUACUUGAAAAUUUAACAUGAUUUGGAAAUAAGAAUGAGAUGUUUACUGUUAUGGAUGAAGUUAUGGCUGCUGCCCACCAGUUGAACUCACGAAAUUCUGAGGCUCUGUAUGAACCUUCUUUAAAAGGUGUUCAUGAAAUGUCUGAUUCAACGAAUGAUGUACCACGGCCUCUUCAUGAAGGAAUGAUAUAUCUAAAUAGUCAUCAUAAAAAGAAAUUAAAAGAAGAAUUUGGUGUAGAGGCAUGGUCAUUUGAUCAACAUUUAGGAGUUGCUGUAUUUAUCCUAGCUCGAUGUCCUUUUCAAAUGAGGAAUCUUCAUCAACGGUUGAGUUAG